AUGGAGUGGAGACAUUGUGCUGACCUUCUGGCCAGUCUCAGCUUCGACUUGGCUAAGCAAGGUGCCGGUGAGUUGCCUGAGUUGGUCCACGCUUUGCUCACUGGGGUUGCUUUGAUGAUCGCCUGGUUCGAUCUGUUCAAGGAUCAAGCAGAUCAGCUUAUCACCGCGGCGACCGGUUUCACGCUCAGUGAAGGCAAAAUCAAACGAACACGUGCUGUGCUGCCUGACAUCUGGCCUCGCUUAGACAUGGCGAUCGGCACGAGCCUGGAACUUGACGCAGUGCUCGCGCCAAGGCCUGAACGGAACGUGCGACAGUGCGUGGCGACGCACCUCCUCAGGCUCGGCAACAGGGGCUUGCUCACGAGGCAGUUCGACUCUCGCAUCCUCGACCUGGUGUCGUUCGAGCGGUCUCUGGCGGUCCAUGAAGUUGUGGAUGCGCUGCAACACAGUUGCCUUGCCUCCACUCUUACCGAUGCCCAAUGCAAGCGGCUCGCAACUUGGACAAGGAGCUUCAUCCUCCUCCUUGCCAACUCCACCUAUCGGGACAUCAAGCCUGCGUCGGACUCUGCAUCACCCGUACGCUGCAUUCUGGUUGGGUGGUCACAACAGGAACAUUACUUUCCUGCACCGGCACAAGGCAGCAUAACGGAGGAUCCCCGCUGGGGGCUGGUGCCCCUCAAGGAGAUCUUGGCCGGUGAUGUGGGUGUUCUCUUCACAUUGACUGCCCAAGGCGACCGAAAGAACCUUCUGCUGCCGCUCCUCAGUUUGGGGUGUUUCUUGUACACAAGCGCCUGGGGGCCGGCCUGGAUGCAAGCUCGGCAGGAUGCCGGUCUCUCGCUGAAGCCAUCCCUGCCCGCCUUCAGCGAGGCGGCCCAAUGCUGGCUCACACGUCGCAUGUCGACUGGUGAACUAAGCUUGUACCUUCGGGAAUUCCUGGUAGCCAGCCAGAUUGAUUUGCCCCCUGCUAGUCGCGUGUCUUCCCACAGCUCAAAGGCUACCAUGCUUAGCUGGCUUGCGAAAUUCGGUGGCAUAUCUUUAGAAGACCGGCGAAUUGCCGGACAUCAUCUCGAUCCCGCUUCCCGCUCGCCACUCACCUACAGUCGGGACGAGCUUUGUCGUCUCAUGAAAAUCUUUUCUGACAUUCUGCGGAAGAUUCGAGCUGGCCAGUUCAAGCCCGAUGACAGUCGAGUCAUGCGAUUGGCAGUCAUGAUCCAAGCAUCUGAAGGACCUCAGCUUCAGGAGAAGGUGGUGGAACACGACCCUUUUGUGUCGGAUUCCGAAGCUGAGGGCUCUGACCUGGACGUCGACGAUCUCGAGGCCAGAGCUGUGGGGGUGCCUCUUGAUGCUGCUCUCACGGCGGCGCAGGUUUCGAGUGUUUUCAGCAAGAUGCAUAUUUACAGCAGGCGCUUAGCCAAGCUGCACCCCGCUUGUAGUUCCUGGACUGCUAUUUACAUGUCCUUAGACAUCAUGCAAAUCAAGUCUUUGCUGCCCGCGGCGGUAUUCGGGACUGACCCCAAGCCGCCUGGCGAUGCAGGCAACAUGUCCUCACUUGAUAGUCGUGCAGCCUUCAAGGCACGAGCCUUGGAGCUCAAUUUUCCAGAGGAGGCUUUAGCUAAGCUGGCGGCCGUGCAUGUGGACACCUUCGGUUCCUUAGCGUUCAUCGGCCCUUUGUCGGCCGGGAACAGCGAUGAAGGCCCUUUGGUUGCUACCCUGAAGCGUGCCUUGGGGCAGGCGCCCAGCGACCAAGUGCUAUGCAUUGCUCGAAGACUUUGGUUUGAGAGCACCACACAAGCUCUUGCUGAGAUGCGUGGGAAAGUCGAGCGGACUGACACCUCCGAGCCAGUUCGCAUGCCUCUCGCUGAGCGCACCCAACGCAUCAGUGAGUUGCAGAAACGCCUGGUGGGCAUCCAUUGGAGCGCUGACGUUGAGCCCUCGCACAAGCUCCAAGACUUGGUUGCACAAAUGGUCGCCGAUCAAUCCCUGCUCUGGCUGCCAUGGGAGCGCCUGACCAGUCGGGCUCUUGAGAUCACUACUGAGAAGGUCGACCAUUCUGUGGGGUUCGAUUCUGCUGGGAACUUGAAGUUGCUCCGCCGUUCCAGUGACCCCAGCUGCAGCACGUUAGGGGAAUACGCCAUCAAGUUGGCGCUGCAACGCCGCAGCCUUGCCUUCGAGUUGGGACGGAUUUGCCGCUAUGAGCAUUUGGAGCGCUGGCAUGAUCAGCUCUUGCAGACGCACAUGCGCUCUCAGCCACCAGGGAUGCAACGUGUCUCCCUCCAACAGCUCCGUGAGGCCGACAAAAUGCUGUGGACCCGCAUCGCUGAGGACACCAGAGGAGCUUUGUCCAUUCGACCCGAUGGCUCCUACCCUUUUGAGGCUUCGCUCGCCAAGUGGAAGGAUCACACGCAGGUGCAGUGCUACCUCAUCCCGUUGCUUAAGCAGACUGCCCCGGAUCCAGAUCUUCCCCUUAAGCCCAAACAACCCAACAAGCCGCCUAACAAGCCUGUGCGCAAGGAUCGUGAUCUUGCUCUCAAGCCUCCGACCAAUCCGCAGGCGCCCAAGACUCCUGGCGAAGGGGACAAGAAAAAGACCUGGACCGUGCCCUCCGGCUGCCACUCUCAGGACGCCGAGGGAAAGCCCUUGUGUUUCUCCUUCAACUUACGGGGUUGCACCUUCGCCAAGGCGGGAAAGAGUUCGCUCCUCAGCCGAUCUUGCAUAUCUCCAGAUGACCUUUUGCGUUUGAGCCUUGCUUUGCCGUCGGAAGUCCCCGCCCGGGGAGUUGACAUUUCCGGUAGCCGUUCUGUUAGUUUGGGUGCUUUCGCUUGCUCCAAGCUCCCGGGCUUGCUUGUUCGCGACACGAGCAAACAGCACCCCUUGUCCACUCGAGUUUUCUCCCGCUUCGUCAGAGGACUUUGCCCUGACUUCACGUGCACCACGAUUGCAGUCUUCACAAACCUCAAAACCGACCUUCACCAGGACACUGCGAAUGACCCUGCAAGCCAAAACCUUUUGUACCCCUUGACGGCCUUCUCUGAAGGAGGCGUCUGGUGUGAGGACCCCGCCGGCAGCACCCCCUUUGUUCAUCAGGGUCAAACCUUGUGGGGCCGAGUGCUUGAAGUGUCGCAAGGGCUAUGUUUUUUGCCGGCUCCCAACAGGCGACACGCCACCCUUCCGUGGAAAGGUGACCGCGCUGUGCUUGUGUGCUACACUGCCAAAGAGACCGCCGACAUUCCCCCCGAAACCCGGUCCUUCUUGGAAGCCCUUGAUUUCCCCCUUCCGCCUGCCACUCAGAGUGUCCCUAAGACCUUACCCCUUGCCUCGCCUACCUCCCAGACCAACCCUGAUCCUUCAGGACCCCUCUUUGUUGAGCUUUUUGCAGGUUGCGCCCGCCUCUCCAGGUUUUGUCAGGCCGCAGGCUUUCGAGUCUUGCCCGUUGAUGCCCCCUGGAACCCACACAAGCCCGAGCAUCCCGUGCUUGUCUUGGACCUCACCGAACCGGCCUGUCAGCAGCAGCUCCUGGCCCGGCUUCUUGAGGAAGCUCCUUUCGCGGUCCACGUUGCUCUCCCGUGCGGCACGGGCAGUCGCGCUCGUGAGCGACCUAUCAGCAAGAAAGCUCGACUUCAAGGGGCUCCUGAGCCUCGCCCCCUCAGAGACGCCGAGCACGUUCUCGGACUGCCUGGGCUUUCAGAGAAGGAUCAGAUCCGCGUCGACAAGUCCAAUGAACUCUGUCGCUUCGUGGUCUUCUUGUUGCAGCAACUGCCCAGCUCCUGCCAUCUGAGCAUAGAGAAUCCGGAGAACUCCUGGAUUUGGGCGGUCCUCGCCUACUUCGUUCGCAACUCCAAGUGCCCCCUCCUGCUCAAGCGCUGGUCGUCCAUGCAAGACGUGUGUUUCAGCAACUGCAUGAAGGGCGGCAGGCGACCCAAGCGCACCCGCUUUCGUUGUAGUCAUGCUUUACUUCAAAGCCUGGAAGCAGACUGCGACGGCAUGCAUGAACAUCUGCCCUACCUUGUCUACCGUUGCAACGGGUCCUGGAGUUUCUCCACUGCCCAGGAAGCCGAGUAUCCCGCGGGACUGUGCUACGAGAUGGCGUCCCUCCUUUCCGCUGCAGCGGGCCUGCCAGGCCGACUUGACCCCCCAGCAGGCCCUCGACCCUUGUGGCCACAGCAGAAGGGCACCCGCAAACUCCUCCCGGAGUUCCUCGAGUUUAGCGCAACCCCUCCUUUGGAUAGGCCCUUUAAAGAGUUCACCUCCGAUUUAGAGGGUUCUAGCGGGAGGUUUGGGGUGUAUAGAACGCCUCAGGAAUUCGUUCAAUGUGCACUGGAGCUUGACCACCCCUUCGAUGUCCAGCACUGUGUUCCUGAUGCAGUGAAGAGGAACAUCUUUCGGAGACUGACGGAGGGACCUACGGCUUUCGCUUCGGAAAGGGUUCAGAUGUUUCAGAAACUGAACCAGCUGGAAAAAGAACUUCGUUAUGAAGAGGCGCGGUUGCAUUCCGUGCUGCCCGAGCAUGUUCGCGAGGUGGUCAAGGACAAGAAUUUGUUGCUUUGGGCGCAUCUUUUGGAGGAAACGUUGUUUGCCGACAAGGGCGUUUUCGAGCUGAUGAAGGGGGUGGAUCUUGUGGGCAAACCCGACAAGUCGCCGCUGUUCGACGUCAAAGAGGUCCCGGCAACUUCUGACGGAAACCUUCUUUUGGAAUCUGCCAGCUGGAGAAGGGAGCGACUCAAAGGGCGUGACCCGCACAAGGACGAUGCCGCAGCUAGGCAGAAGCUGUGGGACUGUACGAUCAAAGACAGAGACAACGGUUUCUUGAAAGGCCCCUUUGCCUCUGAGAACGAGGUCAGGGAGCACCUGGGAGUCGACGAGUUCGUGUGCUCGCGGCGUUUCCUCAUAGAGCAAGGGACCCCGGAAAGGCCGAAGGCCAGACCCAUCGACAACUACAAGGAGGGGGGCGUCAACGAGGCCUACCACUGCUUGGAGAAGCUUGCCCUCUUUGAUGUCAACUGGAUGACAGCCAUCAGCACGUACAUAGCUAGAGUUUCUGAUCCUUCAUCGCCUUUGGAAGUGGAGCUCAGCUGUGGUGAGGUGCUCAGGGGCGAAAUUCAUCCACAAUGGAAGUCUCGGCCACCUAGAUGGCUGGGACGCACGCUGGACCUUGAAAAAGCUUACCGACAAGUUCCACUGUCGUGUGAUUCACUGAAGUUUGGCGUUGUCAUGGUCACGGAACCUUCGACAGGACAACACCGCUACUUCGUGGCGCAGAGCCUCCCCUUCGGGGCUACUUCGUCGGUAUUCGCUUUUAACAGGCUGUCGAGAUCGAUUUUGCACCUGAGCUGGCAUCUUCUCGGUCUGGUUUCUGGAUGCUUCUACGACGACUUUCCUCUUCUGGAGGUAGACACUUCGGCAAAACUUUCUUCAGAGUCAUUUGAGCAUAUGCUUCGGAAGCUUGGGUGGAAGUACUCAACUGAGCCUGAGAAGUCGCUGCCCUUCGAAGAGACCUUCGACCUUCUGGGGAUUAGGCUGAAUGCUGGCGGCAUCGCUGAUGGCGUGGUCUCCUUGCACAACAAGCCUAGCAGGUUGGACAGGAUGAAAGACGCACUUCUCAGGAUGAGCUUGAGUGGCAAAUGGGACAUUCACUCCAUCCAAUCGCUGCAAGGGCAAGUCAACUUCGCUGUCGGAUUCGCUUCGGGAAGAGGUCUGAAGUUGCUACAAAGGGCUUUGGGAAGUUUUCUUCGCGAUCCUGGGAUGCGGACCGUUUCUGACUUGCGCUCGCUCUGCAGUUUUGGGGUGGAUCUCAUAGACGCCUGUACGCCUAGAAUCUUUGCCUGCAGGGGACCCGUGAGUCCCGUGGUGAUCUUUACUGACGCUGCCUAUGAACAUGGGAUCGCAUCUUAUGGCGUGGUGGUAAUUGAUCGCUUCACCGACACAAGGUUGGUCGCUGGAGGGAGGAUUCCGGAUUCGCUGGUUAGGUUCUGGCGGCUGGAUAGCCCUGAACAGGUGAUCGGGCAGGCCGAGGCGUUCGCUGUGGUUGCAGCCCGACAAUCCUUCUCUCGCCUGCUCACGGGAAGGAGGGCCAUCUAUUUCGUGGACAACGAAGGAGCGAGAGAAGUUCUGAUUAAAGGGGGAAGCAGAUCCCGAACGAUGCUGCUACUGGCUUCGAUCUUCUUCGAGCUCGAGAAUGAAGAUCAGGGAGUCACUUGGCUGGAGCGUGUGCCUUCUCAGAGUAACAUUGCAGAUCCUCCGAGUCGUGGUUUGGUUACGGAGACAGCAGCCCUGAUCAAAGGUCGUGAGACUGCGCUUAGCAUGAGCCAGCAUGAGGCACCCACAAGUGAAACACGUGCAGCACAGCCGCAUCUCACGUUGCAGACCAGUGCUGACCAUGGCAGCCCCUUGGCCGCCACGGGCCGGGGGACCCAAGACAUGAAGUUACUUCAGGCCGCUGCGCAACAGGGCCUGUCUGCUAGAGUUCACGUGUUGCACGAGGUAUUGCUCCUCUCUGGAGCGAGCAGCGGUGCUGCAUUGGUACUGCUUUGGCGCCUGCUGAGUCUUUGGAGGCUCUUGUCGCUGCGCCUGCUGCGGCCGGCAUUGCCCAAGGCAGCUCCCGGCAUGCUGCAGGCGGCGCCACAACGUGUCGAAGGCGACCGCCUUGGCGAGCGUUUGGCCGAGUUGGUGGCCUCGCUCCGAGGACAUGCCGAGGAGACCCGGCAAGCCACUGCCUCAUUGCGGCGGUCGGUGGAACAGCAGCAGCGGCUUUACCAGAUGGCAGCUUCAGACUUCCAGCGGAAGCUGGACGAAGCGUGCAGGAGGAAGGUGACCACCUGCCGCAUGGAGCUGGCUUCCGAGUCACUGCAGAUGCUCCGAUCUCUUGUGGCGUGUCGGACCUCCACCAAUGCCCUGGAAAAUGGCGACGCGCCCAGGGAAAACUGGCCGCGGUGGUUUGAAAGGGCCGAUGCCGCGGUGCAGGGAUUGCUACGAACAGCAGGCAGCACAGCAGAGGCCCGCCGCUCCCUCCAGACUGCGUCCCUGAUCCUGCAGAACCUGGUGGCAAAUCCUGGGCAAGAGCGCUACCGCGAGGUGAACUUGUCCAGCGCGCGAUUCAAGGAGACCUUCAGUGACAGCAGCGCAGCUGUCGAGGUGCUCAAGGUUGCAGGCUUCGAAGACUCCGAGGCCGGCCUGCGUGGCCCAGCGGAACGCCUGGGUGAGGCAGAGCGGUUGCGCGACAUCUUGCAGGACGUCCUGAGAGACUGCGACCACAGGUGGCGCCGCGCGAUUGAGGCAGAGGGGAAGUCUGCCAAGUCGGGGUCUCCGAGCCCCAUCUCUGGUGCAGAUUCGCCAGUCGAGGCGGCGCCGUGGGCCUCACAGACAGUGCACCAGCAACUCUCGCGAGUUGCCGCAGGUGCGAAGCAGGACCCGGCAAGCUGA